GAUGGGGCUGCUUGCUUCCCACUCUCUUCCCAGCAGCUUCCCGAGCCGCUUAUUAAAGGAUUUUGUUUUUUCCUCCUGUUACUUCAGUCUCUUUAAAACUGAGGGUAAAGAAGGGGCGGCUGCAGUUCCAGAGCUUUGCAUUCCUGGCUGAGCUGUGCUUGUGUUUGCAUGCAGAGCCAUCGUCUCCCCUCCAACUAUUUUAAUCAUUUCAAAAGGGUGGGUCAGCAGGCAUUUGGCAGCGGCUCCUUUUCUAUAGCUGAGGUGGAGUCAGCCAAUGACCUGCAAGCCUGGAAAAUUUUGCAGGGCAGUUCCACUGGACGGCUGUGCGGAGCUGUGCCAUUUGAAUUUCAGCACAGACACUCACUCACUGCGCUCCCCAUUCCUGGCGUGUCUCCCAGUGCGGAGUUUAGCCGAGGCUCAGUUUUCCCUGCUCUCUCCCUGCAGUGACAGCUCCUCCGGGCUCCGUGAGCCAGGACUCCCGAGCGACCAUGGAGGACACCACCUUGCAAAUCAUCGAGCCACCCACUGUUUCUGAGACCUCGGAGGAGCAAGUGCCCGAGGAGCCCAUCAAAGCGGACCAGAUCAACGGCGUGAUGGUGCUGACCCUUCUGGACAAGAUCAUCGGAGCUGUGGAUCAGAUCCAGCUGACCCAAACACAGCUGGAGGAGAGACAGCAAGAGAUGGAUAGCGCAGUGACCAGCAUCCAGGGAGAGCUGACCAAGCUGACCAAGGCACACACCACCACCAGCAACACUGUCAACAAAAUGCUGGAGAAGGUGCGCAAGGUGAGCGUCAACGUGAAAACGGUGCGGCAGAACCUGGAGAAGCAAGCGGGGCAGAUCAAGAAGCUGGAGGCCAACGAAGCGGAGCUCCUGAAACGCAGGAACUUUAAAGUCAUGAUCUAUCAGGAUGAAGUGAAGCUCCCAUCUAAACUGAGCAUUAGCAAGUCCCUAAAGGAAGGUGAAAAGGUGGAGAAGGAAGGCGAGGGUGAGGAGGUCCCUGUGGGUGAGGACCAUGCGGAGGAGGACCACAUCCAGCUCUCCUCAGAUGAGGAGGUGGAGAUUGAGGAGAUUAUCGAAGAGUCACGGGCAGAACGCAUCAAGAGGAGCGGCAUGAAAAGGGUGGAUGACUUCAAGAAGGCAUUCUCAAAGGAGAAGAUGGAAAAGACUAAGCUAAAGACCAAGGAAAACCUGGAGAAGACACGCCACAACUUGGAGAAGACCCGCCACAACCUGGAGAAGAGGAUGAACAAACUGGGCACUAAAAUUGUGACUAACGAAAGGAGAGAGAAGAUGAAGAGCUCUCGGGACAAACUGAGAAAGUCUUUCACCCCUGACCACACCAUCUAUGCCAGGUCCAAGACAGCUGUCUACAAAGUGCCACCCUUCACUUUCCAUGUCAAGAAAAUAAGAGAGGGUGAGGUGGAGGUGAAAGCCACAGAGCUGGUGGAGGUUGGUGGAGAGGAAGGAGAAAAUUCAGAUCUGAUGCGUGGGGAGAGCCCCGACAUGCACACACUGCUGGAGAUCACGGAGGAGACUGACGCGGUACUGGUGGACAAGAGUGACAGCGAGUAGGACAGACUGCAGAGCACGAGGGUUGUGGACGACAGCUGAACACACUAUCACUCACAUUUCGAGCUCUCCCUGCCCUGGAGCCCCAGGGAAGUGUACACCAUGCAUCCUUCUUACCCUGCAGAGCCAACGCCAAUCCCCUGCCUGCUUGUACAAGGUGUAUUUUGUAUUUUAGUUUUAGCACAUAAAACAUUAGGAACACAGAACUGUUUUUCUUACACUACUAAAUCACCCUUGGAGACCAUUCCUGCUGCAGUCUUCUUGCCCCACACCUGAAGAUAGGCUUUGAGUGACAGGGCCCUGAGCGAGCUGGAGAGUGCUGAUCCCAAGACAAGUUCAAGAGUCCUCCAUAAGAUAAACCUGGUGUCAAGAAAGCUUCCUGCAAGUAGUCCACCAGCCCACACCACCCAGGUGUGCCAGGCUGCACAGCCACCUCUCAGGCAAGAAGACUCCCAGCACCCAAACCAGCUGCUCCUUCGGGGGACCAGAGGAACUGGGAUGCAGCUGGUGCACAGGAGGGAAGAGUUGAGCAAGUCCUGUGGAUGGGCAGUGCAUGGCAAAGCUGUGCUGGCAUGGGGCAGGUGAGGCUGCUCCUCUCUGCCCUCCCAAGGACUGGGUGACCUUUGCACGAAGCCACCCUGCAGCUGGACCUGCCGUGGGUGCCUGCAGGGUAUCACACAGCUGGGGCCCACUGCUCCUCCCCGCUGUGCCCUGGGGCCAUGGCAGGAACAGCACAAGCUGCAGGCUUCCUGCCCAGGUCACAGAUCUGGCUGCCAGAGUUCCAGGGUCCAUGGCGAGUCCCAGAGGCAAGGAGCAGCAUGGAGGUGGGGUGCUGGAUCUGCUCCCUCUGCACCCACAGAAGUGGUGGCAGCAGGCAGUGAGGUCCACACUUGCUGCCCUGGAGGAGAGGGACACCCAGGCAGCAGUGCCAGAGCAGCCCCCACAGCUAGGGACUUGUUUCCAGAGGGAUAUGGGAUGCACUGCUGCCAUGUGAGGCUCUAGACCAUCAAACAGAGGCCUUGACACCUGUCCAGCACCAGCCCUUGAGCAUUUUUGAGCAUCUGCUUUCUGCAGGGGUCCUGGAACAGCUCAGGCUCAUGCUCAUGCCCACGUCCUGUGCUUUCCUCCGUGUCCUGCUUUCUGCAGCUUCACUCCAUGUCCUGAGUGAGGCAGUGUGAAGGCAGCACACGGUGGCUUGGUGGCUCUGCCUGGCUCAGUCCUGCUUGGCUCUUACACACUCAGCCCCCGCUGCAUUCUCCAGCCUUGCAUUCCCCAUCCUGCUCCCCCCAGCACGAGGCUGCUGCUGUUCACAUAACCCAAUAUAUAAACUUGCUUUUCCUUUAAGAAUUAUUUUCCUUCAAAUUGUCCAGUGCUGUCCCGGGCUCGGGGUCCUGCCACAGCUUCCCUCCCCACAGAAGGCGUGACCGGCCGGUUCCGUGUGCCGGCUGCAGGCAGCCCUGAGACACCGGUGGCCCCGAGGCUCCCGGUGUGGGGAGGCACCGGGCACCGGCUCUUGGCUGCUGCUGGUUCCCAGCCCAGCGUGGGCCCGCAGGUCACCUGCCCUCACCGAGUCUCUUGCUGGCCCACAGGCAGUUUUCAUGCAGGUUUUCUCUGAGCGGCGGGGCCAGGACAGCAGGGCCAGGGCAGCAGAAGCCCGGGUGACCCUCGCCUGUCCCUGGCUGUGCCCAGGCAGCAGCGCAGCAAUAAAGUCUCUUUUGUAAACCA